CCGGGUUUUGUUGAAGGUUGUUUUUGGUUUUGGUAAUAAACAAUGGCAUUUUCUUCUAUUACCCGGAAAAAUUAGUUUUUCUUCACUGAAAAUGUUCAAUUUGUAAGCCCCGUAUAGUGUUAUUGUUAAUUCAGUGUAUUGGUAUAUUAGCGCAAUGAAUGUCUUCAACUCGAUGCCAGGCAUGGCGGAAAUGGGCAUGGUCUGGAUGGGUUCCCAACAAGUAACAGGCGAAGCCCCUAUUGGCCUGAUCCCCCCUGACGCUAGCGAAAUGCUUUUGGACCACGAAAACAUGUACUACACCCCUUCACGUCACAGCAUGUCCAGCCAAUCAAUAGACGACAUGCAUAGCACCAUGCAAAGCUCCCAAAUGGAUACUGGAGAAAGCUAUGACAUGAUGCACUUUAUUGAUAUGAAAAACGAAAGUAACGAUUCGUAUUUGGACGAUGAUAAUUCGCAACCUGUUUAUAUGAUUACUGCGUCUACUCAAACUUUGCCUGGACCUACAAGGAAAAUCAAGCCAAUAAAACAUCCUGGAUUGGUUUUAAAAACUCCAAUAGCCUAUCAAGGCAAUACAGAUCCUUCAGUUAUUCCAAUACAAAAAGAUGGCAUUGCAGUUUGCGAAAAGUGCGGUGCAAUUGGAGUAAAGCACGCAUUUUACACUAGAGAACGGCGUUUUUGUUCAAUGGCCUGUGCUAGAGGCUAUAGCGGUUUAAUUCCAGAACCUUUGCCUCAAUCCAACCAAGACAUCACAGACACAAAACAGCAUUACGCCAGAUAUAGAUUUGCAAUGAAAUUCGAAGAGGAUUUUUCCGAUAGCUACAUUGACCCGAGGUUGCCUCAACUAGAAAAGCUCCCACAAAUCGACGAUACAAUACCUUUGGUCAAAAGAAAACCCUCGCAAUUGGUCAACUCGUUUAGCUGGGACGAAUUGGUUAAUGACAGGUAUUUUGUAGCUGCUCCUGUGACUUGUUUCAAGCAUGCUCCAAUGGCUGAUAUAUGGGAAAAUAUUAUGGUAGGGAUGAAGGUUGAAGUGGAAAAUACAGAUUGCGAUAACGUUUCUGAUGCUUUUCCUGAUUCGUUUUGGGUGGCUACUGUGAUGAGGAUUGUGGGGUAUAAGGCGCAGUUGAGAUACGAAGGUUUUGGAGCUAAUGGGACUAAGGAUUUCUGGGUUAGCCUUUGUUCGAAUCAGGUCCAUCCGGUUGGUUGGUGCGCAACCAGAGGCAAACCGCUAAUCCCCCCAAAAACCAUUGAAGACAAAUACAGCGACUGGAAAGAUUUCCUCAGAAAACGUCUUACCGGCGCUCGAACUUUACCCUCGAACUACAGCAACAAGGCCAGCGAAAGCUUAAAAUCCCGUUUCGAAGUGGGCCUGAAUUUGGAAGUGGUAGACAAAAACGGAAUUUCCCAAGUCAGAUUGGCCGUAAUUCAUAAAAUAAUAGGCAAAAGGCUAAAUGUUAAGUAUUUUGAUGAUUUGGCUAGUGGGGCAGGGUUUUGGUGUCACGAAGACUCGCCCUUGUUGCACCCAGUAGGGUGGGCUAGAAAAGUAGGCCAACACUUAGAGGCUCCAAUAAGCUACAUUGAAAGAAUCUCGCAAGGGAUUUUCCUUGAAGAAGACGCAACCGAAGAUUUAUUUGUCCCAAUGCAAGUUGGCUCUUUAGAUUACAAUAACUCGGGUUUUAGAGUUGGCAUGAAACUAGAAGCAAUUGAUCCAUUGAAUUUAUCCUCAAUUUCUGUUGCUACUGUAAUGGAAGUUUUAAACUAUGGUUUUAUAAUGGUCAGGAUUGAUUCAUACGAGUCUGAUGUGGCUGGUGAGGAUUGGUUUUGCUACCACGUCAAAUCCCCAUGUAUUUUUCCUGUGGGCUUUUGCGAGAGGCACAAUGUACCUUUAAAACCUCCAAAAGACUAUCCAGAGGACAGUUUCGAUUGGGAUUUGUACCUUAGUCAAACAGGGACAAUACCUGCAGAUCCUUCUUUGUUCAAUACAUAUGUGCCUUUGCACGGAUUUGUGCCCGGCAUGAAAAUCGAAGCAGCUGAUUUGAUGGAUCCCAGGAUGGUUUGUGUUGCGACAAUUGGAAAAGUUGUUGGACGAAUAUUGCAGGUUAAGUUUGACGGUUGGAAGGCGGAAUAUGACCAGUGGUUGGAUUGUGAAAGUUGCGACAUUUAUCCAGUGGGUUGGUGUCAGAGUGUUGGGCAUAAGUUAGAAGCGCCCGGAGAGGAAGUGGAUGUUGGUCAGCCGAAGCAAACGAAAGUUAAAAAGAAGACCCGCAAGAAGAAAAUCAAAGAAAACUCAAAAAACAGUUCUUUCGACGGCUCAUCAUCAGCAUCACAUUCAAUCAAAAACAUCAAGAACGAAACUCCAGAAGUCGAGCCUCAAGAAGAAAUCCACGAAGACGAUCAUCACAGCGCUUGUUUGGACAUCAAAAGCGAAAUAAGCGAGGAACCUGAACCUUUAGACCAAACUCCACCUAGUAAUAGUGAACCAUUAGAAAGUGAACCAAUAGAAAGUGAACCAUUUCCAAUAAUUGCUUCCACUAGCACCAGUCCAAAAGUAAUUCCCAGACUAGUGGACAAUGGCAUAUUGACGAUAGAUGACUCAAGUAGACUUUGUCCUUUAGAGUGGAACAUGUUUGAUGUUGGACAAUUUUUACGAGUCAACGAUUGCGCUAAUUAUUGUGAUGCUUUUAGCAAACAAAAAAUUACAGGCAAAAUGCUUCUUAAUCUGAAAAAAGAAGACAUUUUGGAAUACACCUGUGGCAAAGUGGGCCCCAGUCUGAAAAUCUUCGACCUCAUACAGCAGCUGAAGAGUAAAGCGAAACCGCGCCACAUGAGUUUGAUCAAAAAGGUUUUAUAGUGCCUUUUUUAUCAUAGGUAAUAAAUUACAAUACUGGCCUUAGAGUAAAAAUACGCUUUAGGAUUUCAUUGUGGGACAUUUUGGGCAGGGAGCAUCAAUACUUUUUUAAUUUAUUUAAAUCAUUUUUUAAUAAAUGUCCCUUCGGUCAUGUAAAUAAAAUAGCGCCAAUAUCAAAUUUCACAUAUAGGAAUUAAUAAUAGUAUUUUUAGGAUUUUUUUAAAGAGAUUUUACAUACUUAUUGGUAUUAUUUUUUUAGUUUAAUGCUGAGUUAUUGGACAUUUGAAUUGUAUUCUCUAUCCACUAACUCAAUAGGUCUUUUUCUGCAGAAAUCACAAACCAAACAGAAAAACGGUUUCUAAUUUCUGCAGAAACAGACCUAUUUGUUUCAGAGGUAAGUAAUUAUUUAUUUGGAUUUUUGUCUUUCUUUCUAGUGAUAUUAAGAAGUAGUCUUUGGCUUAGAUUUGAGUUUUCUCACCUUUGUAUUUGUUUUUCCUUUCUAUCAAAAUAAACAAUAUUAUAAUAAUACAAUAAUUUAUUAAUAAAUAAUUCCCCUCUACACAAAUCUAGAAGCUAUGCCUAAAAGUUUGGUAUAAUCGGCUCCUUUGGAUUGUGUUUUUUCCUUCAAAAUGGUGCGUAAUAUUGUAGGUAUAGGCACAUGUAUCCGGGUACCUAAAGGAGUACCAUUGUCGUCGAUCAGUACUAUGUUGUUGCUGUCAAAUUUCGGUACUUUGGCUUUUUGGUUUUGUUUCAGGCCCACUAGAAUCGCUUUUUUCUUUUCACCUUUUAUUGCUACCAGGACUUUGUCACCUGG